AUGUUGUGUUCUUCCAGCCAGGGCUCCCUACCUCAUCGAGUGGUGGCUCUCAAGCCAGAAGAUGCCAAGAAACGAGUGGUGAUCACCAUGUUCACCUGCGAGCCUACAACGGAUUACUUGGACAUGCAAGGAAUCAUGUUACCCCGUGCUAAGAGGUCCUGGAAGCCGAGGUCAGGGCAGGAUACUUGUCCCAAAUGUGAUAAGACCUACAAGGAUCUCCUCGAUCACAUCAAGAAGAAACACGGUGAGGACAGGUUCACUGCAGAGGAGAUGGCAGAGACGGGCUUAUGGGUGUGCUCCUGCGGAAAGGUGACAGCUAGUGAGAGAGGGUUAUCCUACCACCGUAAACGAUACCCCAGUCAUCAUGUGUAA